AGAUGACCUUCAGUAACCCCCUUCUCGUGGGGGAAGGGAGAGCCGUUCUCCAAUCUCAUCUUUGAGUCAGCUUGGGCCUGUUUCCACAAGUCCUCUUCCAUCUGUCAAAGCCCUUCUAGGAAAGCUGAACUGAAAGGCAGCUGCGGAGGGCAGAGUGCUGGCUGGGUCCGGGCUCACUUCCUCCUUUUCAGGCAGGAAAAGCAGACAAAAGUGGACAAUGGACCAGAGAGGGCGCGUCCAGCAGAGAAGGAGGGAGGAGGCGGGGGAGCUGGUCCUUGGGGCUGCAGGCCUCGGAGGGUUCCCUUUGAUCCCCUUAUCUCUGGAGGGUAAGCUUUCUUUUUUGGCCUGCGGGACCUUUUGUUGCAGCAUUUCCUGGAAUCCCCCAAAGUAAACACAGUCAAGACUGCAUUCUUACUGCUCCACUCUUCUGAGCCUGCUCCUCCCAGCUGAGAGAGGGGCAGGAAGGUCAACCCUCCGAGAUCAACACCGCUCAUCAAAAUGCUGACAAGGGCCCACCUAACAAUGUGUUAGGACCAGGGCUGUCUGAGAGACGAUGCCAGUUAAGGCUGGGCUGGCUCUUAGCUGCAGCAGGCGUGGAAGAUGACAACCAGUUGAUAUCUGGUAGCUCUGUGCAUCCUGGACUUGGAGGCAAGAAUAGGCAAGGAGAAAAUCUGGAUCCAUCCUUCCAGAGAAUUCCAGAGAAAAACAGGCAUGGGUUUAGGGAGUUACCUGCCCACUAGGCCUACUUGCAUCCAGACAGGAGGCCCAUGGCCAGCUCUUCCAGAUGGGGAUGGGGUGGGUGGGGAACAGCGAACGACCCCACUGAUGACUUUAAGCCUCACAAAUCUCUUGCCCUCUGAGGAGCAGGAGAAGAAGAGAAGCCUGAAAUUUGGGGUCACCAGCCAAUUGUCCUUCCCCAGGGUUUAUUAUUGUCAGCUCUUAGAGGCCACAGGGAAAGGGUGGGGUGGUCUUAACCAAGCCAGCGUUUUAUUUAUAGGGAAAUUCAACCCCCCCAAUCCCCCUCCCCUCCUACAAAUGGAAAUUCCGCCGCACCAGGAGUCCUUCAACCUUCUAACUUUCCUUCUCCCCAGCUUUGGUGGGGAGGGAAGUUCAGCCAAGAGGCCCCUCCUCGCUGCAGUUGAGGGCCAUUAUGUAACCCAGCUUGCGAAAUGCAGGAAAGGCCCGGCUGGCUACAGCCCGGCUAACGGCUCAGAAGGGGCGCCCCUGAUAGGAAUCCCCCCACCUCAGGCCUGGCCCAGACAAACGCGAUAAAGUUGUGGGCAUGGAGUUUUGGGAAUUGGGACAUCCGGGGGAGGGAGGGGCGCGGGGAGUCGGGGUCAGGCCGCCGUCGGGGCGCGGGGCGCUGCGGGCCACCUGUUGCAGCGGGCGGCCAGGGCUCACCUGCGCGGAGACCGGGCCGAGGGGCGGCGGCGAGCGGCGGAGCUGAGGUCCCCGCGUCUGGCCCGCGCCUCCGGCUUCCGCCAGGUCAGCUGACUGCCCAGUGCGGAACUGUGUGCCCGCCGCGCUCCCUUACCGCGCUCCUCGCUGCUGCUGCCGCGCCCCCGCGCUCCGUGAAACGCGCCCGCAGCGUCCUGGCCGCCAUGGCCGGGCUCGUGGUCCGUGGAGUUCAAGUGUCCUACAUAGGCCAGGACUGCAGAGAAAUUCCAGAGCACCUUGGCAGGGACUGUGGACAUUUCGCAAAGAGGCUUGAUCUGAGCUUUAACCUUCUGAGGUCACUGGAAGGACUGAGCGCAUUCAGGAGCCUGGAGGAACUCAUCUUGGACAACAAUCAGCUGGGGGACGACCUCGUGUUGCCAGGGUUACCCAGACUGCAUACCUUAACCCUCAACAAGAACCGAAUCACUGAUUUGGAGUAUCUGCUGGAUCACUUGGCAGAAGUGACACCAGCUCUGGAGUACCUCAGUCUGCUGGGCAACGUGGCCUGUCCCAACGAGCUGGUCAGCUUGGAAAAGGAUGAGGAAGACUACAAGAGAUACAGAUGCUUUGUUCUGUACAAGCUGCCCAACUUGAAAUUUCUGGAUGCCCAGAAAGUAACCAGACAAGAACGAGAGGAGGCAUUGGUCAGAGGAGCCUUCAUGAAGGUGGUGAAGCCCAAGGCUUCCAGUGAGGACGUUGCCGGCUCCCCGGAGCGCCACUACACUCCCUUGCCUUCUGCUUCCAGGGAACUUACCAGUCACCAAGGUGUCCUGGGGAAGUGUCGCUACGUUUACUAUGGGAAAAACUCAGAAGGCAACAGGUUUAUCCGAGAUGACCAGCUCUGAAGCCAAGUUCUGUAUACCUUCACCCAUUUCACGAAAAUAAAAUCAAAAGGGAAGUCAAAAAUAAAGAAAGUGCUAAAGAAAAAACAAUAGCCCACAUUGCCUCUCUUUGGGAAAAGCUAUGACUUCAGCUUUUGGUACCUUCUGCUGACUUUGCCAGGCCUGUCAAGAUGAUCCUUCUGCCUUAGACUGAGUGGUCACAUAGAGAUUGACAUGAUUGCCCUUAAGCAGGUCUCAUCCACCAGGGUGACAGACAGCGGUGGCGAAGCAAUGGGGCUGACAGCAUGAACACCAUGAUAGAUUGCCUGGUCCUGCCACUGCUCACAGGGGAGCAGAGGUCACACCUGGGGCCUCCCUGGACAUGCUCAGUGGCUGCAGUCAAGUGAGAAAGACUGUCCUCAGCUCACCUAUUGAGUUGAAAUCCCUCUGAUACCAUCGUGCUGCGGGCUUAUUUUUAGUGAAAUAGUCACAGUUUAGGGGACGGCCACUCUCCCUCACUCCCUUUAAAUCUUAAUGUCCUGUAUUCUGCAUAUACAUAGCUCCCAUCUCUUCCUCUCCACCUUCCUUUAGCAUCAUUUUUAUGACAGGUGGUGCAUUUCAGUUUGCAGUUUUUCGGAGAACAAGGUAUAACUUCCCAGCCAGGUCAUACGUUUGUGGCUGGCUUCAUGUUGCAACAAUCCCUUUAUUGGCGUAAAUAGCUUUCCCUAAAUCCCGGACUGCAAAAGCAUGGAUUUUUAUCUUGUUUCAUUCAACUCUAAAUCCACUUCUUGCCCUGAAUAUGAUGCAGUGUGAGGCAGUAAGGCAUCUUUCUCAGCACGAGGGUUUGGUUGCACCAGGGACUCUUAUUUAUUAAUUUAUUUUUAACCAUACACACUUCCAGUGAUGCCUGUGGCCAUACUUGUGCAUGGGGCUGGCUUGCUGCUUCAGGUGCUAUUUAAAGGGAGUGAGGUGAUGAAAGAUAGAGUGAUGGGUCAGCGGGUUAAAAAAUAAAAUUAAGACUGUUGAAAACACCCACCAGACCAAAGAGUUUUUAUAGAAGGCACAAACCUUUUGGAUUUUGCAUCUUUGUCAUGACCUCUCAGAAAUCAAAUCCACAGGUUGUGAGACGGUGCUAUGUCUUCCUAUAUGCUUGGCUGUGCACUAGCACUAAUGCCACAAGGAACAUAAGUGUGAUCAUUGCUAGUUGGGCAACUCUAAGUUGAUCUAACUUGCUGAUGCACCAGUCAAAUCACUGUAGAAGAUAUUCAAAAGGCUGAUUGUUCUUGACACGAUAGUGUUUAUUUUUCUGCUUCUUCUGUUUAGACCAAGUGUUCAUUGUCCUCCCAGUAUUAGGUCAGUUUGGUGACAGCAAAACCUGAAAGAGAAUCCCUCCAAGUUAUAGAUACUGAGGGACUAGGAGCUGCUGUUGUAAAACUAUGGGGACUCAGAAUCCCUAAGCUGCCCAAGGAGAACCUACUUUCUCAGCUCUAGCCCGUUUACAUAGCCUCUGGCCCACUGAGUCAACAUAGGCCUUGAAUGACAUGUAUUGAGGCUGGCAGGAGUCCCUGUUAGAGAUUAUGCAACCUUUGUUAAUCAGUUCUUUAGAAAAGUUAACAUUAAAAUCCUCAAAACCAUGACUAAUUGGAGAAUGUUGAAUGUUUGCCUUUAUCUCUCAAAGCCAUUAGUAACUGGAGUUGAGUACCUUUUCUCUGUUUGAUCUACAAAACAGCACUGGAAAAAUGCUUUAAAUUAUCUGCAUUUGGUCCCACCCUGAGUCGUUGUUUAGAAGCAUCAACACAUGUUUUCUCCCUGGCAUAAUAUGGGCAGCCAGAGUUCUGUGCAAGGGCAGCUAGACGAGUCCAAUGUCAUAUCCAAUCUAGCCACACAUAUAUCCUUGUCUUUAUAGAAGGCUUUAACCCUGCCUCAAACAAUCAAAAAGCACUUGUGAACUCACCACAGAAUUUUUCCAUCUUUAUUUUUCUUACUUGUUUACUUUUUUUAAUGUCAGAACCAUUUGUAGCAUGCACAGGAAUGUCUCCCUCAAUGUGAGCUUUGGAGGCAAAACAUAUUUUUGGAGUGAGUUAUUGACCACAUCGUUUCCCUCUCUUUGGGUUGUUUAUUUUCUUCCAGAAUGGUGUAAUAACUUUAAUUAAGAUUAGCUUUAAUUAUAAAUUACCUAAAGGCCAUCACUAAGGUAUAUUCAUCUUAUUGAUAGAAUUAUAGUGAGCUUUGUUUCUCUUAAGCAGGGAUAGUGAUAUUGAAGUGCUGGGUUGGUUACAGUUCCACUGUGUGUUAACCAAAAUUUGCUGUGCUAGAGCUAGAUUUUGGUCUGAACUGGCAGAGGUAGAACCCAUGUUGCAUGUUUAUCUUAAAUCUGUAGGAAUUUCCCAAACCUUGUUUUUCAAAGUCGAGAAGUAGAAAGUAAUAAAUUCAAUCAGGGCCCAGACAGGUUUUGUAGCCCCUUUACCCUUUGGUCUUUCUUCUUUUUAUCCUAUUCCACUGAGCUUGUUCUUUGGGGAUUGUGGUGCCUGACAUCCCUGUCUUUCCUCCCCUGAGACGCUGACUUGAGUGGAGAGACCUCAGCAAUACAAGGAUGUCCUGCAGCUCUCUGUUGCCUCAGCAAUGUCAGGACGACUGUCUCUUUCCUAAGUAACAUAAUUUUAAAGAACAAUUUGUUCCUUAGGGAAUAAUGUCUUGGAUUGUGGGGAAUCCUGUUAAAAGUACAACUAUUGCAAUCAUUUGCUUUUACUUUUACCAGCCUCGCUCAUAAACCCUCCAUCUGUUUGUUGCUUUAAAUAGAAGCACAUUAUAAGAGAUUAUCACUUGAUCAGGCUGCAUGUCUGAGUGUUGUGUGUUUUCACAUACUCAUGUAUACUAAGGAAUAAAAGAAAGCAAACCACA